AUGUAUAUCUCCUAUUGAUACCCAUGUCAAUGGGCAGUUUAUGUUAGCAAUUUCUGUCUGUGAAUUCAUUAUUGUUGGAUGUGAUGGAACUUGAAAAGUACUUGACAUUGUUUUAUUUAUUAUUUUUAUCAGAAAAUAACUAAAGCCAUAAUAAAUUAUUUUUUAAGAGGAUAUGGUGUCGGGAAUUUAAAAAAAUGUGUACCAUUAAAUAUGGAAUUUUUUCUGUAA